GCUGCCGCAGUUUCCAGGCGCUGCGGGCGGCAGGGGCGCCGGGUGGCCGCGGUCUCUCCGCGUCCCCUUUCGGAGCGGUACUGAGGGUGGUCGCCGACCCGCCUCCGCCUCCUUUCCUCGGGCCCGCCGCCGGGCCGGUGCCUCCGCCGGCAGCGGAGGCGAAUCUGCCGCGCUCGUCCUACCGCUAGCGCAGUUUGGGCGGUUGUCAGGGAGAAACAAGAUGGCGGCCGCAGCGACGGAGGAGGACACGGAGCUGCGGGACCUGCUGGUGCAGACGCUGGAGAGCAGCGGGGUGCUCAAUAAGAUUAAGGCAGAGUUGCGAGCAGCUGUUUUUUUGGCGUUGGAAGAACAAGAGAAAGUAGAGAACAAAGCACCUCUGGUAAAUGAAAGCUUGAAAAGUUUUUUAGGUACAAAAGAUGGUCGCUUGGUAGCAGGUCUUGUUGCAGAAUUUCUACGUUUUUUUAAUCUUGAUUUUACAUUGGCUGUUUUUCAGCCUGAAUCAAGCACACUAAAUGGCCUUGAUGGUCGAGAAAACUUAGCUCGAGAUUUGGGAAUUAUAGAAACAGAAGGUACCCUGGGUGGUCCCCUGUUGUUGGAGGUUGUUAGAAAAUGUCAGCAGAAAAAGAUUUCAGGCAGCGGAGAAGUGGCUCCAGUUCUAAGUGAUAGCCUGUGCCCCACAUCAAAAUCAUCUGAUGGAAGAUCAAGUACACCUGCUAUACCAAAUAAGGCUACUGAAACCACUCAAAGUGAUACAAGUGUCUCAUCAGGGGAAGCAAGCAAAAGAAGCAUUCAUUUUCUGCCUAAUGAAACAAAACUAGAUCCUCAAGUAGAAAACAAAGACUUAAAUACCAAAGAAAAAAGUGAUCCAGGUGUGGAUGAAGAUGAUGCAGAGGGAGAUUCUUUUUUUGAUGAUCCUAUACCCAAACCAGAAAGAACUUAUGGCUGGCCCCUUGAUAAAAAUAGUGAUGCUGAUGAAGGUGCAGGAGCUCUGUCUGUGAAAGAAGGCAGGCAGAAAUCUUUGCAUAGGAAAACUGAAGCUAAUAAAGCAGGAGGUCUAGCAUCCCUUUCUGAUGCACCGCCUCUAAAAAGUGGAUUAAGCUCGCUGGCUGGUGCACCUUCGCUGAAGGAGUCUGAUAAUUUGAAUAGAAACUCUGUUUUGAAAGACCUGCGGUUGGUGAAUGCAAAACUGGGAUCACUAGAAUUAGGAAAUGGAGAUGACGAUGAGUAUGCUGAUGACUUCAACAGUACUAGUCAUCGCUCAGAAAAAAGUGAUAUCAGUAUUGGUGAAGAAAUAGAUGAAAUUUCUGUGGAAACAGAAGAGUCAAAUGCCAGUGAUAAACUUGAAGGCAUCACGCAAGACCUUACCAUUUCUCAGUUAAGUGAUGUUGCAGAUUAUCUAGAAGACGUGGCAUAGAAUUGGACAGCAAAAACGUUUCAUUGUGCUGGACUAGAAGACUGCUGUGGACUGUUAAUUACAGACAAUCACUUUUUGCUGGAAUGUCCACUCCCUAUUUGUGCCUUGUGUUUCAAAAAGACUGUAGGUGGAGAAGGCUUUUAAAUAUUCUUAACAAGAACUAAAUGAAAUCGUGUGUUCCCAUUUGAGUCUAUCAGAAUUAUUUUCUUCAUUUGGUUCAGCCAAACCUUUUACAGCAGGAGGUGGAUUUUCCAAGUAGAAUGUCCAUUGCUGGCAGUGGGCAUAAUAAAAACCAAUUGAUAAGUGAACAUCUACAGAGAGGCAUGUGGCUUUAUAAUGAACUUGCACUGUUAUUGUAACAGUCUGAACUUUUUUUAAAGAUAACCAAAGGAAGAACCUUCAGAGGUGGUGGUUCAACUCACACUUCUUUUAACACAAAUUUGUCAAGUCAGCAUGUAGUACAUAUUUAUGGUAACUCUAGCCACUAAACCUAAUUGCUCCAAACUUACUUGAAACUGCUGUUUUUCAGACUCUUCUGAAAGUUGGACUUUUUUUCUUUUUUUUUAAAGGCAUAUCAAAUUGAGAGUAUCUAAACUUUCAAAUCUAAAUUUAGCUAAAUUAGGAGCUAAAUUUAGCACUAGUCUUAACUCUGAAUAUUCUUGUUUAAAUAUGUUUGUCAGACCAUUGAUGUUAAGACCCAAGCUGUUUUUUUAUAUAUGAUAAUUUCAUUGAUGUAAACUGUCGUUAAAUCACGAAAAGUAAUUUUGUAAUGAUCCACAAAUCAUUAGCUAAAUCUUAUUGGUUUUUGUUAAGUUUUUAACAGUGUGGUAAUGGUUUGUGGAGCUUAUAUUACUGAGGGCUCUUCAUGUGCUGUAAGCUUGCUUUCAUUCUUGAAAAUCCUUGUUACGUAAAAAUGAGCGCCAAAAAGUGAAACCACUAACCUUCUGUUUUUCAGAUUCUGACUGCUGUACAGAAUUAAAUCCAAAUAUUUAAAAAUACCAUAUUGAAGACAUUAUGGACACUAAGUUCUAGCUAAGAGCAAAUUCUUGUAUAUUCGUUAUAUUCUUGCAAAACAGGGUCAGUAAUGGAAACAUUGACAGUUCUAUAUCGAUACAGUUAUACAUGGCGCUGCUAUAAUAUAUAGGUCAUGGACAUUUGUAAUACUGAAACAAGACUUCAAAAUGUGCACUUUCUGAACAUUGUGAACACAUUUGGAAAAUAUACAUGUAAGUGAAUAUAAAUAAUUUAACUUUUUUUUUUUUUAGGCUUUAAUUUUUUUCAGGAACACUGUUGGCAGCUCGUCAAUGGUCACCACAGUGGAAGUAGCAUGCUAAACUAAAGCCAUUGGUUAAGCAUAUAGAGCUGCUACUAGCAUUGGAUGCUGAGUUAAAUCUUUUUUUGCACUGGGCCAGCAGGCAUGGAACAGUGCUGGGAAGUUAGGCUUGUACAGUACAUAAGUGGUUUGAGAGGAGAGAGGAAAAGUGUGCCUUUUAUUUAUGUGCACCCCAAAAUAGCCAGCAAAAAAGCAUCAGAAUAUCUAGUCAUGGUGUUAACUUUUAACUUUGUGCCAUAUUGUAGCAGCUAAACACAGAGGAGAAUUUUUUCACCCCCCAAAAAUCAAUGUGCCAUAGACUUCAAAUAGCAACAGUGUUGUAACAUGAUACAUCCUGUGCAAAAAUUCCUGUAAGUAUGGGAGAACCUGUGCCUCAAGAUACUAGGCGUGAAAAGUUUGUUUUGGGCUUUCUUCUUUUUUUUUUUUUUUUUUUUUUUUUUUUCCCCUCUCUCUUUAAGAGGAGCAACAGCAUGUCUGAAGGAAAUAAAAUUCCACUGGAACACCUGGGAACAGCUGAUUUCUGGCAUUCAUUUUUAAGGUGUAUGGAAUAAUGUAGAGGCAGUGUUGUUUGCUUUUUUUCUUUAGAUGUCUUGGGAAAACAUGAUGUUCCAUUACCUGUUAGCUGUAGGAUAUGUGGCAAUUUAUCAUACCAAAAGAAACAAAAACUUUAUUAAAUGAUUUCUAAUUGCAUUUGAAGAUGUGGCCUUUUAAAUAACUAAUUAGAUAUUUUAAGUGUUAACAUGACUUUUGUUAACAGCAAAGUGUUGUUAUCUUACCUUGGGGGUUAAUUGGAGACCUUGCACUUUGGCUCUACUUUAAGGAAAUGCCAAGAAGUGGUAAGUCUCCAUGCUGUUCCUCCUGUGGGCUUUCACUGAAUUGUGUAUAAUAAUUCAAAUUGCGAAAUAAAGCUAUUGUGCUGGCUAAA